CACACCUGCCACCUCCAGUCCCCCUUUAGAUUUUUAGCCAGCAUAGUACGUCACCCCUGUCACCGCACCACCGUCCCCUCCCGGCCGCCGUACCCUCACGACAUACAUCAUCUCCAAUGCACAGCUCCCCCCCAAGCUCUCCAGCUCCCCAAACCACGCAGAGGCAGCACGCCUCACCAACUCACCAAAAAUGCGCGCCUCAUCACCACUAGUCCUCCUCUCCCUCGCGCUCUCCCUCCUCCCCCCCACCACCGCCGUCUUCGCCGACGAAGCCUACACCACCGACUUCCACCACGCGCUCCUGGGCCUCCCCCUCCCCAGCACGACAUUCUUCCACCGCCCGCACGCCGAUCCCAAGUCCGCGUCGCUCCUCUACACCCUCAGCGACCUCGGUGUGCUGGGAGCCGUCAACCCCGGCACGGGAGCGCUGGUGUGGCGCCAGUUUCUGGCUGCGAAGGCGAAUCGUACGAAUGAGUUUGAGGCGGGGGGGAGGGUGGAUGGGUACCUUCGUGGUGUGGAGGGCGAGAAGAGGGUGCUUAGUGCGUUGGGGGGAUAUGUGAAUUCGUGGGAUGCGGUGACGGGGAGGGAGGUGUGGGGGAAUGAGUUUGUGGGCAAGGCGAGGGAUGUGGAGGUCCUGGGCACGGAGGGGGAGGAGAAGGAUGCGCUGGUGCUGUUUGAGGGGGUGAAGGGAGGGGUGGUUAGACGCCUGGAUGGGAAUACGGGGGCGGUGAAGUGGGAGGUGGAGGGGGAGAAGGGGGCGGUGCCGGUGCAGGUUAGCACGGAUACGAAGAGUGUGUUUGUGAUCAGUCUGCAUGGGGCGUGGGGUGGGUAUAACAUCAAGGUCACCAGCUUGGAUCCGGUUACGGGGAAGAAGGUGAACGAGCAUACUUUGGCGAGCAAGGUGGAUGUGCAUACCCGGGAGGAUGUGCUCUUCGUCGGUGCGAACGUUGCUGCGCCGAUUGUGGCAUGGGCUGAUCGUGAUCUGAAGACCCUGAAGGUCAACAUUCUUGGCACACAAGCGGUUCACAGUCUCUCGUUGAGCAAAACUCCAGAGGAGCUGACAAAGGUCGUCAUUCACGCGCCGCAUUUGAUCCAGUCUAAGCCCCAUUUCUUGGUUCACAGCCAGACGGCGACGAGCCAUUGGGCUGAUGUGUACCAUGUGGACAUCGCGGCUGCAACUGUGAACGAGGGUUAUCACCUCCCCAAGCUUGCUGGUCCUGGUUCGUUUGCGACAAGCUCCAGGGAUGCAAAUGUCUUCUUCACUCGGAUCACGGACGACGAGGUUACAAUUCUGUCAUCGAACUCCCACGGUGUGCUCCAAAAGUUCCCGCUGGCAUCCGAGCCCGGCGCUGGCAGAGCUUCCUACGGUGUUGCCGAGGUUGUCAGCAAGACUGCUGAUACUUACGCCGUCCGCUCUGCUGUCCUGACUACCAACCAAAACUGGAUUAUGAUUCGCAACGGAGUGCCCGACUGGGCGCGCGCUGAGGGACUUUCCGGAUCUGUCGCCGCUGCCUUUGCAGAGAUUCCAGAGGAGGAAAGCUUGGCCGAGGCUUUGGAUGUGGAGGCGCAUAGCAACCCGCUCCAAGCUUAUUUCCACAGACUCGCUCGCCAUGUCACCGAGCUCCAGUAUCUGCCUGGACAUUUGCAACAGCUGCCGAAGCGGAUACUCGCCAGUCUCCUCCCCGGCGACGCCAACCCUGUAUCCACAAGCUUGUUGGCAAGAGACGGCUUCGGAUUCCGCAAACUCGUGAUUGUCGCAACUGAGCGCGGACGCGUGUAUUGCCUUGAUACCGCCGCCAGGGGAGCUGUCGUCUGGUCGCACCAGGCCUUUGAGAUCCCCGCUGGAGAGAAAUGGGAUGUGAAGGGCAUCUAUGUUGAUAACCAGAAUGGCGUUACAAAUAUUAUGGGAAGCGGAGGCGAGUGUAUCAUCAUAAUGACCAUUAGCGGAGCUACCGUUGAUAUAUCACCGCCUAUCGAGCCAUCGCACAUCCAAAGCACCGCUCUGGUAGACAGCCCCUGGGGCAAGUGGCUUCUUCCAAUUGGACCCGGAGGCCUCUCUCCACCAAUUCCUAAGGAUUAUGCACCAAAGGACUCUCUUGUUGUCCGCGGCGCAAAUGGCGAGGUCAAUGGCGUCCAAUUCACCCUCAAGGGAGACAACGCAAUCUCAACCGUCACUUGGACCUUCAAGCCCGUCGCUGGUGAAAAAAUCAUCUCUGUCAAUGCCAGGCCCCCGCACGAUCCUGUCGCCUCCAUCGGGCGUGCUCUCGCUGACCGCAGCGUGCUGUACAAGUACCUGAACCCAAACAUCAUCCUGAUCAGCACCGUGGCAGAGGCAAAAUCAACCGCAUCAUUCUACCUCCUCGACUCGAUCUCCGGCACGCUCCUCUACUCCACCACGCACGCCAACGUCGACACCGCCCAGCCCAUCACCGCCACCCUGAGCGAGAACUGGUUCGCCUACUCCUUCUUCGCCUCUCCCAGCGCAUCCACCUCCGAGUCCGCCCUCCCCGAAGCACAAGGCUACCAGCUCCUCAUCGCCGAGCUCUACGAAUCCGAGCUCGCCAACGACCGCGGGCCCCUCGGCUCCGCCGCCAACUUCUCCAGCCUCCACCCUGCAGAGUCGCCAGAGGGAUUCACCCUCCCCCACGUCAUCUCGCAGGCCUACAUCAUCCCCGAGCCUAUCACGCAUAUGACCGUCACCCAGACGCGCCAGGGCAUCACGUCGCGCCAGAUCCUGGCCACGCUCCCGCGUUCAAACUCCAUCAUCGGACUCCCCCGCAACCUCCUCGAUGCGCGCCGCCCAAUCGAUAUUAGCAGCAAGGCCGCCGCGGCGGCAGCAGCCGAAGAGGGCCUGAUGGUGUAUAUUCCGCAGCUUGACUUUGAUCCUCGCGGGGUGCUGACGCACCAGCGCGAGGUGGUUGGGGUGCGGGGUGUGAUUGUUGCGCCGGCGCUGUUGGAGAGUACGAGUGUUGUGUUUGCGUAUGGGGUUGAUGUGUUUGGGACGAGGAUUAUGCCGAGUUUGUCGUUUGAUGUGUUGGGGGCUGGGUUUAAUAAGGUGGCGCUUGUGAGUACAGUUGUGGGGUUGGCGGUUGGGGUGGGGUUUGUGGCGCCGAUGGUGAGGAGGAAGCAGAUUGAUUUGAGGUGGUUGAGUUCAUAGGUGGGGGGGUAAUGUAAGAAUAUAGUGGUAUAAAACAUGGUUAAAAAUAAAUAGAGGGUAUUUGCGAAUGAGCAUGCAGCAACGGGCCUUGUGAGUUUGUCUUGGUAAAGCCGCAAAUCGAGGCUAUUUGGCAAUAUGGACGAAUAUUGGCAUAUCAACAACAU